UCAUUUGAUAAAAAAAAUCCACAAAAUGGUCCGAGUCUUAUUGUAGUAUUUCAGUGUAUCUUUGAUGAAGUAUCAACGUAUGUGUAUGAUGUUAGCUGGUAUAUUAAUGACCAUUUUGUCAAAGAAUACCAAAACAAAGUGUACAAUGAAAUAAGAAAGACGGACCUUCGUCCAGAAGACUGGGUUGGAAGACAUCGUAUGAAUACGAUUGUGAAGUGAUCUGUUAGACUUCGGAACGCAACUGGCACAAUACCGGGCUUUUAUCAGGACAGCGACUGGUUUAAAGCAGGUGUCUAUCCUGAAAACUUUCAAUAUCAAGUCAUUGAAAGUGAAAGUACUUUGAUUUCCUAUAACGUUACAGUACCUAUGGGAUGUUUUAGUGCUUAUAAUCAAAAUCACUGUCAACAUCUCCUUUAUAUUACCCUGCCUAAGUACCAGGAGACACCAGCGACAUGUUCGUCAAGUAAUAUUUUACAACAGGAUAUUGUUUUUAACGGUUUCGAAUUUUGCAGCUUAUCAAUUCCAUCAUCAACUCACGGACAGAAGAUUCAGUUUAAUGUUACAGGAUACAUUGAUGGACAGUACAACGGAGAUAGAAAACGCACCACUUAAAUAAGCGUCACGUCACGUCCAAGUACAGCUGAUCGAUCUGGUGUUUGGGAUGAUAUUUCAAUUCCGAUUAUAGAGGUUUUGGUGUCUGAUGCCGAUGAAAAAAUGAAAGGUCGUCAUUGUCAAGUUUACAACGAUCCACAUUUCUAUACUGCAGAUAGGAAAUAUUAUAAUUAUUAUGGGGCAGGAGAGCACAUACUCUAUCAGAACACAAAAUAUCCUUAUCAGGUAAAUGCAGUGUUCACAAGAUGUUGGAGGGCAUCAUGCAACUGUGGAAUAGCUAUUCAAAGUGGCAAGUCCUUACUGGUAGUAAGAACAUGUGCAACAGUAUCAAGAACAAAGUUUGUGCGUGGUUUGUCAACACCUUAUAUAGCUAAAAGAGUAUGCGAUGAUCGUAGUAUAUCUAUUGACAAUAGUCAGGAUUCAGGAAAAAAAUUUGUUGUAACUCUCCCAAUUGGCACAGAAAUAACAUUUAGAGUAAAUGGUAGAUAUAUAGACUAUAUUUACAUUAAACCGUCCGUUUUAGACCUUGGCUGUGCAGAGGGUCUCUGUGGAUAUGUCAGCAGUGAAAAUAAAAAUACAGAUGACGAUUUUCUCAGUAGGGGAGAAACAAUCGCCAUUACAGAUUCACAACAAUUUGCAAAAUCAUGGAUGGUUACUGAUACAAGGGAAUCGCUCUUUGUAGAAAACCCAACAAUAAUAGAAGAAUCGAAUAAUUCGCCUUCAUUUUGCCAAUGUGCAUCACAGGGUGCUACGGAAGGAGACAUAACAAACAAAUACCGCCUGCACUGUAAUCUUACGCAGCCAAUGGAACCAUGUUACGAUGUUGAAAGUAAUCUAUCAUUUAAAAGCAAAUGUACAGAUGGAACCCGUAAAAAAAGAUCCAUAGAUGAAAUUGGUUUUAAUGAAAGGGGUAAAAGAAGUAUAGAUGAUACAGAUGAUGUUAUAGAAUUCCCGCCAUUUGAAAUCUUGUCCGAUGUUUAUGACGAUUCGUUUGUUGCUGAGACCCCGGAAUGGCACAACGGAUGGAAUGAAGACCAAGCAGAAGCUACAUGCAGGGAAUAUUUCGAUAGAAACUUCCCAAUGGAUGUGAGAGUAGCCUCUUGGAUAUCUAUUGAAGAUUACAUUAAUUCCUCUAUUGAAGAUAUAAAGAUAACUGGUGACACGGCUUUCUUAGCUAUUACUUUGUCUGUAAUGCAAACUGCAGCAAAGGCUGAAUUAGUCAGAAAUCAGUCACUUAUUGAAGAAAAGACAGAUGAUAGAACAACUUUAUUAGAACAACUUACAAGUCACCUUUGUCUGAACAACUGUAAUUCAAACGGACAAUGCAAGAACGGCUCUUGUAUUUGUAAUGAACUGUUUGGUGACGACGAUUGUUCAAAGCCAAGGUCAACUCCACCCUCAAAUGUUAGUUUGCCUGACAGUGGCUUGUGUGAUGUUAGGAAAAGGGCAUGUAAGAAGACUUACGUAUAUGGAUAUUUUCUUCCUCCUGAUGUAUAUUGCAAAACUCGACAUUUUGAGAUUUUUGGAAACACAAGAUCCUACACCGGAACAUCUACUACCAAAGCAACUAUAGUACAUUCUUAUAUGGUGGCGUGUGAAUUACCAUAUGUGCGACAAAAGAGGUCAACAACUAGCGGAAUUGUCUUUGCUGAAGGGUAUGAAAUUAGUGUUUCCAAUGAUGGUUCUAGUUUCGGUGAGGACGUUACCAUUCUGGUAUAUGACGAGGAAUGUUUUUCCUGUGAAACAGUUAAUGUGACAUGUACUGCUCUUGACACAUGUCCUUCGAUAACAGGAACAAAUGAACAGUCAGCAUCAGAAAAAGAACGAAGAGAGGAAAAAGAUGAAAACAACGUUGCAUUAGCUAUUGGUGUUGUAGCUGGACUAUUCAUUCUUGGAGUGUUGAUAGGAGUCAUGAUUUACAAAUUCAAAUAUAGAGAUAUCGGGAACAGACAAAUUAACACAUUUGGGCAAGAAGAGUCAGAUCGAAUGCCAUCUCCCUGUUUUAAUAAGGAACAUUCAACAGUAUCGACGUCAGCAUUCGAAUUCAUUGAGGGUGAAAGAAGAACCCCAGACAAGUUAUUUCUGGUUGAAACAGAUACUAUUUCGUAAUUUAGAACUUUGUUAAUUCGUGUACCCGUGUAAAUUUUAUAGUUAUAUAUUUCAUGAUCAUAUGGGUUAACACAUGUAUAUUCAUAUAAUUAAUAACGAUAAAAUCACGACUUUAUAAGUUAUAUGUAUAAAUUAUUAAAAAGUCAUGAUCAUUGCAUCGUUAGUUAGUAUGACAGUACCGUACUUCAAUUGUGUAUUUUUAGAUUUAAUAACCACCACUGCGGUAUGUUAAAAAAAUCUCAUACUAAUAUUAUGUAUUUUGAUAUCAUUGUUUCAUAUCUCAAAUAUUUCUUUAAAUUAUGGGUUUCUUUAGAUAGUUGAAAGCUUUUAUUUUAUAGAUUUUUGUUUAUUUUGCGUAUUUAUCCGUGUUAUCACACUGUGUAACGAAUUUAUCUUACCGACUAUUUUAACAUGUGGCAUUUAGACUAGUGACUAAUCAAAGUGAUCCAGUCCUCAAUAUAAAAGAACAUCCUGCCAUUGGUCUAUACAAAAAACAAAUGCCAACAAUAACAACUUGUUAGCUUUUAAUGUGUUUGUUGUAUUUAUUUUAAUCAUCAAUUUCUUAAUCUGUUGUCCGGGGGAACGUUUCAGAUUUUUCCUCAACGUCGUGUUGUUUUCAUAAAGGGAUGUAACACCACUACUAAUCGUGUAUUAAUAAAAACCACUCCUACUAAUCCCAUACUAAAUAUACACGGUCUCCACGCGGUCGCUUUUAAUCAAUGAUAUGUGUUUUAAAGGGUUGUAACACCACUACUAACCGUGUAUUAAAAUAAACCACGCCUACUAACUCCAUACUAAAUAUACACGGUCUACACGCAGUCACUUUUAACCAUGUACAAACUGAAACUUUUGAUUAAAGGUGUCCAAAAAGGCAGGACUGAUUACCAUUUUGAUUUCAAGCAUGUUUAACAAAAGGUUUUGGAAAAUUAGGUAAAACAUUUAGACACUAUCAUAAAUGCGUUCCAUUUUUUCAUAAAAAAUACUGCGUUUGACGUUUGCCAUGUUUGUGUUAUCAAGAUUCCCAUAACUAAAGUACGAUUCCAUUAUUGCAACCUAUAUUUCUAAAUGUAUCUUAGAACUCUGUGGAAAAAUAUGUUGAAGGCGAUAAUAAAUUAAAGAAUAAACUUCUCUUUAUUUAUAUAGUGUUGUUCUAUGUGAAUUAUCUACGCCUUCAACGCUUAAUUAACUGCGAAUGACUUGAAAGCGUAGUUCUGCAAAACCUUUAUCAGGUACUUGUUCUUUAGAGAUCAACAGACUAAGACGCAAACUACUUAACACGCUAAAUCGUUCAGAUAAUUAGUAAAAACUAAACAUUAAAGUAUGCCAUAUUACUUACAACUAAAACCGCUUUUGCUUUUCAAAUAUUUACAUUAAUUUUGAUAUUAACAAUGGAAAAAUUUUGAAAACGCUCUAAAUCAUUUUUUUAUUUGUUCCAAUACAUGCCUUUCUUAAAUUAAAAUAUUGAAAUGGCUUCCUCGUUUUGUAUAAAUAAUUAAAAUAUAUACAUAAAAGAUAUAAUGUAGUUUUGUACUAAAACAUUUUAUUGUAUAGCUAUUAGUUAGUUGUUGAACUGUGCCCUAGAAAAAUCAUUGACACGACAAACAACUUAUUCUGUUCACAACUAUUUUAAUCUUGCUUAAUAUUUAUUAUAAAUUAACUAUCUAUGAUUCGAUUUAAUCAUAUCGUGUUUUAACUAUCUGUUAUCCCAUUACAUUAUAUUUUGUUUUAUUGUUCACGUAACUGUGAUAUUUGUUUGUAUAUUGAUGAGUUAUUGCACUGAUAUUGUCGCGAGUAGUAUAGAAUAAUGCACGAGCUUGUGAAUGCAAUAUUAUUUUCUGCUCGGGACAAUAUUCCUCAAUGUAAGAGAAAUAACCCUGUUAUACUAUAGUAACAAAUAUUCCAUGAAAAUGGAUGAUACUUCGUCUAAUUUCAAUUAACAUUCAAGAUUCAAGACAUGACACAGAGUUUUUAAAAAUGCUAUCUGGUGUGUUUACAUUAUCUACUGUAGCAAGUCGUAAAAAGGUUAUAAACGUGUGGCACAACAAGACGAAUUAACGAUGUUGCGAUAUAUAUAUAUGGAAAAAGUAGUAUUACAUUUUCUCGGCUUUAGGUUGGCCUUUUGUGUACCCAAGGCAGGUGCAGGAAGUCAACUUAGGAGCAUUGUGACUUGAUGUAAGGAUAUAAUAUAUUUUGUUUAUUCGUGAAUAACUGUAGUGUGUAUAUUUACAAUAUAAACUUUGAAACCCAUUGAAAUAUUUUCUUGAGAAUUAUUCGAAGAGACUUCCAUAUUUCACAAAUUUGAUGUAAAAUGACGGUGGACAUGUAUACCACCAACAAGCUCCGUUGGAAGAUGGUCGUGAUACUAUAUGAUUUCAAUUUCUAAAACAGAAUAAUAAAGUACUAAUACCACACAUAA